GAUGCAAACAUCUGUAUUGAACGUGUACAGACUUUUCUUCUCAUUAUUCUAAACAAUACAGUAUGAAAAUUAUUAGCAUUAGAUAUUUAUAAAGAAUCUAGAGAUGAUCUAAAAUGUACAGGAGGAUGUGGAUAGGUUAUGUGCAGAUACUACACCACUUUGUAUAAGGGUCUUAAGCAUUCAAGGAUUUUGAUAUCCAGGGGGGUUCUGGAGCAAAUCUGGUUCUGGAACAAAUGGCUCUACAGCCUUUCAGAAUUAAAUUUUCUGUGAUUUUAAUGGUUCUUUCAAAGACUGUGACAGUAAUCACUGAUGCCUGUUGUCUUACAAAUAUGCUUGUACAAGUAACGUUUCCAUGAUUAUAUGUACAAGUAAAAAAUACCCACUAGACAAAUAACAAAUCCAAGAUAAGUGAAACUGAGUACGAUGGCAAUUAAAAUGGUUUGCGUGAAUGUCCUGUAACACAUAGAACACAUGAUUCAUCCUCUUGCUAAUGUUCCCAGUUUAGCAUCUUCUAAGAUCAUAUUAUUUGAGCACAAUUUUUGAUGCAGAAUCAUCUCUCUUUUCCCCUGCUUGCUUGUCAGAGGGAACAUUUCCUCCUUAUGUGUCCUAGAAUCUUUUCACCUAAUGUGCUUAAACAAGACAAAUUUCGUUCUUAACAUCAGGCUCUGAAAGUUCUUUUUGGUUAGCAUUCACUAUAUUGACAGCUGGUUUGGCAAGUACAUGUUUUAGUAUAAGGAAGAAACAGCAGGCCAGGUGCAGUGGCCCUUGUUUGUAAUCCCAGCACUUUGGGAGGCCAAGGAGGCAGAUUGCUUGAGCUCCGGAGUUCAAGGCCAGCCUGGGUAGCAUAGCGAGACCCCGUCUCUACAAAAAGAAAAAAAUUACAAAAACUAGCCAGAGGUGGUGUUGUGCACCUGUAGUCCCAGCUCUUAGGAGGCUAAGGUGAGAGGAUGACUUGAGCCUAGGAGGCAGAGGUUGGAGCCUAGGAGCCUAGGAUCAGUGUUUGAGAUCGUGCCACUGCUCUCCAGCCUGGGUGACAAAGCGAGACCCUGUUUCAAAAAAAUUAAAAUAAAAACUGCAGAUGAGUUUCUUUUUUAAAACUGGAUUCAGGAUCAGUGUAAUGUUACUGAUCUUCAAUAGUAACCGCAAACUUAAAAAAUCUUUACAUAUUACUGUAUUAGAUAUUCUGAUAAUUAAUAGUUGAGACAGUCAUACCUUACAGUAUUAUUAUCCCAAUUUUAUUAGUGAGGCAACCAGCAGUUAUUAACUGUUAGGGCUCAGAUUCACAUUCUGAAAGUUAUACUAUAGAGCCUGUGUUCUUAGUUUCACCAAAAUAUCUCCUCCCAAAUUAUACAUACCCUUUCAAACCUACCUUCCUCUUAGUAAUUAAUGAUACAUUCUUUCAAUUUACAUGAAUCAGUAUCACUAUUAGUAGAUGUAUUUUAUGCCAUUAUAUAGCAGACUAAUUCAUUCUGUACUCUACUGUGAUAUUUUCCUCUAUCUUCUGCAAGAUUUUCAUUUUUAAAAAUUACUGUCUUGGCUGGGUACAGUGACUCAUGCCUGUAAUCCUGGCCUGGGCAACAAGAGCGAAACUCCGUCUCAAAAAAAAAAAAAAAUACUGUCUUGAAAUUUGCAUAACAUCUAUGGAUGAUGUGAAUGUCCUGGCAGUGAUGUUAUACUAUAUACUGCAAUCACCAAAUGGGGGUAACCAAGUGAAAGUUACAUAGGCUUUCUCAGUAUUAUGUGAACAACUACCUAAGACUCUACGGUUGUAUCAGUUUCAAAGAAAAACUUCCAACACACAAGAUAAUCUCCAAACAUAUUGGGCAUACAUGUGUGUACUACUAUAGCUGUUUCCUUGGGAUAAAUUCUAAAAAGUGGGAUUUUGAGUCAAAAUGAGACUGUGGUUAAGUACCUGCAACAUCCUGUAGACCCUGUGACAUUAGUACUUGGAAUGAGAGCGUGACUUUACGAUCCAGCAAGCAAGGGACACUGAAAAGCAGCUCGGGCAGCCUGUGCUGGCCGGUGGUCUGCAGAGAAUUCCAGGUGACGCUUCAGAGGGCCUAGGAGAGGAUACCCUUCUGAGGACAGCCAUGGCUCGCCCGGCAUCACCCCACUCAGAGGCCAGACGGGGUCCCAGAUGGGGUGACACAGCCCGUCUCCCAGUCGGGAAGGGGCGUCUGCAGGGAGCAAGAUGGACUCAGUGUGAGGCUGCCUGCCUGGAACGCGCCCUGAGGCCCCUGCCUGGGACCGUCCCGGACUACGUUUCCCAGCGGCCCCCAGGAACUUAAGGCGCUGCAUGCUGGGACACGGGGCUUGGGGCUCUGGUUUCCCCAGACAUGGUCCGGCGUGCUCCUCAAGCCUCUCAUCCCUUCCUGAAGCCUCUGUGUGUUUGGGCCUGAGUAGGGCAUUCGCUUCCUGGGAGGAACCCAGGGGUACAUGCCAAGCACUGGGGUAGGGGGACCGCCGAGUGCGCCCGCGGCUUCGGGAGAGGCCAAGGAAGGAAGGAGUGGGAAGAGUGCGCGCACGCGUGUCGGUGUGUUCAUGUGUCAGCGUCUGUGCACGCGCACAUGUGUGUCGGGGUCUGGUUGCACAUGCGUGUCAAGGUCUGGCCACACACAUGCGUUGGGGGUCUGUGUGCACGCACACAUGCGUAUCGGGGUCUGGGUGUACAUGUGUGUCGGGAUCUGUGUGCACGCACAUGCGUGUCGGGCUCUGCUGCUGCUUGCGCGCGCUCGCAGCUAGGUGCUCGAGGCCUCUCCCGGGUCCGGGGUGCGCAUGCGCGCUGGCCUCCAUGGGUGGCGGGACCGAGUGUGUGACGCACUUGCGUGGGAGUACGAGGCUGACGCGGCGGCCCUGUCCCCGUAACCGUGACACGGGUGCACGCGAGCGUCAUUGGGGGCGAUGGGGGGCGUGCUGGGUGCGCUUCUGCACUGGUGACGCAACCGCUGUGUCUCCGCCAGUCUGCGCAGGUGAGAUUGGCGCCCAUGGCUCCCAGGGGAGACGGGCACUGAGCUUCUGACGGUGACGCACUUGCUGGAGAGUGUGGGGUGACACAGCCGGGCUCGCCCCAUAACUGGUGACCGGGGGUGCCCCAGAGGCUUUGGGUCGAUGGAGCCCACACCUGUGAACCUCGGCGGUGCGUCCCGGGGACUCUGCUCUGUGAGGCCAGCAUCCUUCAGGAAAAGCAUCCCCAAGGAGGAAGACGAAUCGUUAAACAUCUUAAAGGGUCAGCUCUAGCCUCUCAGAGUUUGUGUCUUCUUCAGUGGAAACCCCAAGAAGACUGAUCAGUUCUUCAUUUCUAAAACAAUGGCCCAGGGUUUGGUGACAUUCGCCGAUGUAGCCAUAGACUUUUCUCAGGAGGAGUGGGCCUGCCUGAACUCUGCUCAGAGGGACCUGUACUGGGAUGUGAUGCUGGAGAACUACAGUAACUUGGUCUCACUGGAUUUGGAGUCAGCAUAUGAGAAUAAGAGUUUACCUACAGAAAAAAACAUUCAUGAAAUAAGGGCUUCCAAAAGGAAUUCAGAUAGAAGAAGUAAAUCCCUUGGCCGUAACUGGAUAUGUGAAGGUACGCUUGAAAGACCACAGCGCUCGAGAGGGAGGUAUGUCAAUCAAAUGAUCAUCAAUUAUGUAAAAAGGCCUGCUACUAGAGAAGGUACCCCUCCUAGACCACAUCAGAGACAUCAUAAGGAGAAUUCCUUUGAAUGUAAGGAGUGUGGGAAGGCCUUUAGUCGUGGCUAUCAACUUAGUCAACAUCAGAAAAUCCAUACUGGCGAGAAGCCUUAUGAAUGUAAAGAAUGUAAGAAGGCCUUCCGUUGGGGCAAUCAGCUUACUCAACAUCAAAAAAUUCAUACUGGGGAGAAGCCGUACGAGUGUAAAGACUGUGGGAAGGCUUUUCGAUGGGGCUCAAGCCUCGUUAUUCAUAAGAGAAUUCAUACUGGUGAAAAACCCUAUGAAUGUAAAGACUGUGGAAAGGCCUUUCGGCGUGGUGAUGAGCUCACUCAGCACCAGAGAUUCCACACUGGGGAGAAAGACUACGAAUGCAAAGACUGUGGGAAGACCUUCAGCCGUGUGUAUAAACUUAUUCAGCACAAGAGAAUUCAUAGUGGGGAGAAGCCUUACGAGUGUAAAGACUGUGGGAAGGCCUUUAUUUGUGGUUCAAGCCUCAUUCAGCAUAAAAGAAUUCACACAGGUGAGAAACCCUAUGAAUGUCAAGAGUGCGGGAAGGCCUUCACUCGAGUCAAUUACCUCACUCAGCAUCAGAAGAUCCACACCGGUGAGAAGCCUCACGAAUGUAAGGAAUGUGGGAAGGCCUUUCGCUGGGGUUCGAGCCUCGUGAAGCACGAGAGGAUACACACGGGCGAGAAGCCGUACAAAUGCACAGAGUGUGGGAAGGCCUUCAACUGCGGCUACCACCUCACUCAGCACGAGAGAAUCCACACUGGCGAGACCCCGUACAAAUGUAAGGAGUGUGGGAAGGCUUUCAUUUAUGGGUCCAGCCUCGUGAAACACGAGAGAAUUCAUACCGGGGUGAAACCCUACGGGUGUACAGAAUGUGGAAAGAGCUUUAGUCACGGCCAUCAGCUUACACAACAUCAGAAAACGCACAGUGGGCCGAAAUCCUACGAAUGUAAGGAAUGCGGGAAGGCAUGUACCCACCCGAACCAUCUCCGAGAACAUCAGAGGAUCCACAACAGUUGAAGAGCCUCUUGAACACCGUAGCCCGCUCGUAUCUGUGGUUUCGCGUUCCACAGUUGGUUAUCUGCAGUCCACUGCAGUUCAAAAAUAUUACAUGGAAAAUUCCAGAAAUAACGAAUGCGUAAGUCUCAAAUGGUGUGCCCUUCCGAGUAGCGUGAUGAAAUCUCUCUGUCCGGCUCCACCCGGCCAGGGCUGUGAAUCGUCCCUCGGUCCAGCACAAUCACGCUGUCUGCGCUACCCACCCUGCUCGUCACUUAGUAGCUGUCUUGGUGAUCAGACUGACUGUCAUAGCAUCACAGUGCCUGUGCUCAAGCAGUCCCUGCUUUGCUUAACAGCGGCCCCAGAGCAAGAGCAGUGAUGCCAGUGAUUCGGAUAUGCCAAAGAGAAGCCACAAAGUGCUUCCUUUUAAGUGAAACGGUGAAAGUUCUCAAUAAGGAAAAAGAAAAAAAAUCAUAUACUGAGGUUGCUAAGAUCUACAUGACAAUAAGAUAUUUUGGGAGAGAGAGAUACCUACGUUCAUGUAAUUUUAUGACAAUAUAUUGUUACAAUUGUUCUAUUUUGUUAGUUACUGUUGGUAAUCUCUUACUGUGCCUAAUUUAUAAAUCAAACUUUAGAUACCGUAUGUACAGGAAAAAAUGUAGUAUAUAGUAUCGUCUAUAUGUACAAGAAAAAAACAGAGUACUAUCUGUGGUUUCAGGUAUCCACUGGGGGUCUUGGAACGUAUUCCCCUCAGGUGAGAGGGGACUGCUGUACAAAGAAUGCAGGAAGGCCUCUAGACUACAUCCAUUCCUUCCUCAACACGAGGAAAAAUCAUGGUACAGUUUAACAUAAGAAAGCCUUCACUGAUCACUGUUUUUUUUUUUUUUUUUUUUUUUUGGAGACAGAGUCUCACUCUUGCCCAGGCUGGAGUGCACCACCACGCCUGGCUAAUUUUUGUAUUUUCAGUAGAGACAGGUUUCACCAUGUUGUCCAGGCUGGUCUUGAACUCCUGACCUCAGGUGAUCCACCUGCCUUGCCCUCCCAAAGUGCUAGGAUUACAGGCAUGAGCCACUGCGUCCAGCCCACUGAUCACUCUUCUGCUUACAGAAUAUCAGAAGUCAUUCUAGAGGCAAAUUUGAAUUGUGGAAAAAUCACUUUUUCUUAAUGAUUGUGUUUUUGGUGUAGACGUUUUUAUUGAGUAGGUUAGUUUAAUGAAUACAUAAAGACUACCGAUACCAUUCUGUCUUUAUUCCAUGGCAUCUGUGGAAUAACCCUGCUAAUGUAACAUGUGAAAAAGCCUUUAGUCAUGGCACCCACUCUCUCAGUGGUCCCCACCAUCCCUCGCCCUCCUCCCUGUGAGACACUGGGCCAAAGGCUCACUACCCCUGUGCGUUGUCCGGCACACAGACACUUGUGCAUUAUUUGUACAUAAGGAUAGUCACAUCUACCUGAGACUGCUAUUGUGGAAAUUAAAUGUUUGGUACAUGUAAAGUCUUUGAAAGUGUAACUGGAAUAUUGUAUAAGUUCAAUAAAUAUUAACUGUUGUUUUUAUGAUCAUUACUACCAUUUGUGUUGCCAUUCGUGAAUUUUUACAAGAAAACCCCCUGUGGGUGCAAUGAGUCUGGAAAAGACCAUUGAGCCUUCUAGAAGAAAACAUUAAGAGAUUAUUGUCACAACCGUGGGUUAUGCAAUGAUUUCUUAGUACACAAAACACAGCAAACAUAAAAAGUUGUUACACUUCAUCGAAAGUACAAAGUUCUGUUCAUCAAAUGAUGCUGUUAAGAUACGGGAAAGACAAGAAACGGGACUGGAAGAAGAUAUUUGCUCUACAGUACACCCGACAAAGGAACUCUCAUAGAAAAUAUAAAGAAUCCCUCAAGUUGAAAAAAAAAAAAAAUCAAUUUAAAGGGGAGAAAACUUAAGCACGUCUCAACAGAAAAUCACCAAAUGGCCAAUAAGUAAGUGAAAGU